AUGACGCAUGACGAGCGACCGCCCAACAGCGGGGAAGCGCAGCGCGACAAUUCCCCGCCCCCACAACAACCACCGCCGUACAAUGAGAACACCCCGGAGCUGCCAGGCGACGCACCCGGGAGCUCAGCGCAGCAACAUGGUGCUACUGGCAAUGAGGAAGUGCCGGAGAGGCCGCGGACGAAGCCUGAGGGCUCGACUUACGCCGGCUCGUACCGUCCAGGAGAAGGGCAGAGUCUCUCUCGCCCAGCGACUGCUGCACAAAGCCAACACGGUUUGAACAAUCUCGACCACGACGACCACUCUGCCCCUGCCGACCAUCCUCCACCAGCAUACAGCGAGUUUCCAGGCACGCUGCAAGACGAAGGCGGCCAGCUCGGCGCGAACGCUACAGUAGCGGAUGACGGUCGAGUCAAUAUUCGCAUCGACCAGAAGAGCCGCGGCUUGUCGCAGCUCAUCGUACCACAACUCCAACGGCAGCUCACCCGCGUUCAGCACGAACCCGCACCACCUCCUCCCUAUAUCCCAGAGUCGCUCGGGGGUGCCCCCGGCCAGAAGCCCCCUCCUCCUUUCAACAUCGUCAUACAAGUCGUGGGCUCAAGGGGAGACGUGCAGCCUUUUGUUGCGCUCGGAAAAGUGCUCAAGGAUACGUAUGGCCAUCGCGUGCGAUUGGCGACACACGCAACCUUCAAAGACUUUGUGACUGAGAAUGGGCUGGAAUUCUUCAGCAUUGGCGGCGACCCUGCCGAGCUCAUGGCCUUCAUGGUCAAGAACCCGGGGCUGAUGCCAGGUUUCGAUACGCUGCGCAGCGGCGAGGUGGGCAAGCGCCGAAGAGGUAUCGCCGAAAUACUGCGCGGCACAUGGCGAUCGUGCAUCGAGACUGGCGACGGGCUGGGUGUGGAUCCACUCAAGCAAACCAUCGAAGAAUGGAUGGGCGUCGAGGAUCAGCUACCGGACGAGCUCAAAAAGCCUUUUGUGGCCGACGCCAUCAUCGCGAAUCCGCCCAGCUUUGGCCACUUGCACUGUGCAGAGAAAUUGGGUAUACCCCUACACAUGAUGUUCACGUGA